CUCUCUCUCUCUCUCUCUCUCUCUGUGAGAGGAAUGGAUUACAGCGACACAGAAGAGCCUUACAGGAGGAGACCGAGGAAAAUGGCUUAUCUUGGAGACUCCUCUCGCAGGCAAUUUGAAUCUCUAAGCGGACGUCCCUAUGCCCUAAUGGGAGACAUGAGUUUUCUGCAAGAGGAAGACAUUUCGUUAGACGCGACACGGGCUAGAUGGACAAAUGUUCUCAAACGGCAUAGUGACUUAGCAGAGCGUCUUUCUAGGGAUGCUGACAAGACAAUUUAUGAGCGUCUACAAAAAGAAUUUGAAGCUGCACGGGCUUUACAAACUCAAGAGAUUUAUUUGGAUGGUGAACAAUGGAAUGAUGGACUACUAGCUACAAUAAGAGAGCGGGUUCACAUGGAGGUUGACAGAAAGGCAAUGGCGGGAGACGUAAACAUGUUGUCUGGUCCUCAAAUCCAAGAAAAAAUUACUUAUAAAGUCGGAAAUAAGGUGAUUUGUUGUUUGGAAGGGGCUAGAAUUGGCAUUCUGUAUGAGACAUCUUAUGCAGGAGAACCUUGUGACCUGUACCAUUGUGUGCUUGAGAGCAAGUCAUUUCUUGAGAAGAUGACUGUCCUUGAACACACCAUUCCAUAUUUUUUGCCGUUACGAGAAGCGGAAAAUGAUCUUCUUUCUUCUAAUGCUAUGAAAUUUAUAGAUUACAUUGGAGAGCUUUUGCAGUCUUACGUGGAUAGAAGGGAACAGGUUCGGCUUGCCAAGGAGUUAUAUGGGAACCAGAUUAAAGAAAUUUAUUAUACCCUUCCCUACAACUUAAUUGCCUUUUCACUAGUUGAUUUUGAUUGCAAGGUAAUAGUUAAGCUUAAAUAUGCGGAGCUUGUUUCUGUACUUCCAACUCAUGUCAGUGUGGUAGCAUGGCCAGUGCAUCAAUACAGGAAAACAAGUCUAAAUGCAUCAACCAUGAACAAAAAGGAAAACGGAUCCUUGGAUGGUCCAACUACCCUCUCCUAUGCAGAGGAUGCCUUGCAAAAUAUGAGCUUACCUGAAGCGCUGUUCCUGUAUAGGCUUUGCAUGCUUCUGCAUUUCUGAUGGUUUUUCUGUCUGUUGUGUGCGUCUACUCCAGCAUAUGCAGAGAUUGUGUUGAAUUUGCCACAAGCUCUUCGGGAUAUAUGUGAGGGGUCCUCUUAAUGCUACACCAGUCGGAACAUCUGAAUUUGUACAAAACCGUAGCAAAAAUGGUGCUGCUGGGAUACCUUUAGUUGUUUAGCAUUAGAGUACUAACCAAACUAUUCGUGAGACAAUUUUUAGGCUAAAAUAGCAAUAGGGUUGAUUUCAGCAAUUUGUAUAUUCGAGUAUCACCUACUCAUUAUCCCUCGGAAACAUCUGUAUCAGGCUGUCUGAUCUAUUUGAUUUGUGCCAUCAUUAUAGUUUAGGCCA